UUCCUCUUCCUCUUCGGUAUCCCAAUCCCGAUAGGCAAGAGUUCUUUUCUUUUUGGCCGGCUUUCCUAGAGGAACAAGGAUUUCACUAUUCCAGACCCGAAACCUUCACCUUCCCCUACUUAAAUUCUACUCCAACUCAAAUACUCUUUCUUCUACAACUCAGUAUUCUAUAUAAAUCUUUUGUUCCUCGAUCCCACUCCCACAAAUUUUCUGACGGUGGCCAAGGUUUUCCAAUAAUCCCAGAUUCUUCACCAUGAUGCUCAGAAUUCGAAGUCGCGAUGGCCUGGAGCGAGUUUCUGUUGAUAACCCGCAUGUCACUGUGGCCCAACUCCGAUCUAUAAUCCAAUCCCAGCUUCAAAUUCCUACACACAAUCAAACUCUCUCGACCAACCAAAACCUCCUGCUUGCUAAGACUCAUGAAGAUCUUCUCCGAUUUACUGAUAUGUCUAACCCCGAUACCCCUCUCUCUGCUCUCAAUAUCUCUCAUGGGUCUAUCGUAUUUCUGGCCUACGAGGGUGAACGUAGGGUUGCUGGGCCAGCGUUCAGCCCCGCCGGCUCCUUCGGCCGCAAGAUGACCAUGGAUGAUCUAAUCGCCAAGCAAAUGCGAGUUGGACGACAGGAAAACCCGCAUUGCGAGUUGGUUUCCUUCGAUCGGGAUUGUGCCAACGCGUUUCAGCAUUAUGUGAAUGAGACCCUAGCUUUUGCAGUGAAAAGAGGGGGGUUCAUGUACGGUACCGUCUCAGAGGAGGGUAAGGUUGAAGUGGAUUUCAUAUAUGAGCCACCCCAGCAAGGUUCGGAAGAUAAUUUAUUGUUAUUCAGAGACCCCGAUGAAGAGAAGUUAGUAGAAGCUAUUGCGGUAGGUUUGGGGAUGAGGAAAGUAGGGUUUAUAUUCACGCAGACCAUCAGUCAGGAUAAAAAAGAUUACACUUUGUCGAACAGGGAGGUUCUUCAGGCUGCAGAGUUACACGCAGAGAAUGGCUUGAAGGAGUGGGUGACGGCUGUAGUGAAGCUGGAGGUGAACGAGGAUGCUGGUGCGGAUGUUCACUUUGAAGCCUUUCAGAUGAGUGAUACGUGUAUUAAAUUGUUCAAAGAAGGGUGGUUUGAAACAGAAAUCGGUAACGAUGACGAUCCCAAGCUGUCAAAGAUGAAGAAAGAUGUAGUUGUCGGAGUUAAAGAUACUAGAGAGGUUGAUAAUGACUUCUUUUUGGUGGUGGUAAAGAUCUCUGAUCAUCAGGGUCCUCUUUCAUCAACAUUUCCCGUUGAGAACCGGAACACUCAAGUUGCGAUGAAGGCGCUGAAGAAUCAUCUUGACCGUACAAAAAAUCUUCCAUUUGUGAAGAGAAUAUCUGAUUUUCAUCUUCUCCUUGUCCUAGCAAGGGUUUUAGACCUGGCUGCCGAUGUUCCGGCGUUGACGGAAUGUGUGCAGACACAGAGUGCUGUCCCGGAAGGUUACCAGAUCCUGAUUGAGUCCAUGGCCAAUGCGGCCUGAUGUUGUGUGGAUUUAGGUUUCAGGUCCUCGCUGUUAGUUGCAUUGCAAUGCUAUUUAUAGCAUCCGAGCCCCUUCCUGCCUCGACUGUUUUGAGUUAUACAAUGGGAUGUGUGCUCUUUACUUGUACAUUAGUUCAUUUAAUCAUCAUAUUAUAAAAGCUGGUGAAAGCUUUGGAUUUCUCUUA